AUGUGGUGGCAGGACUUCAUUUCCCAGAAUUCCAUCGCGACAUUUACCCAACAUGCUGCAGCUUUAAUGUGCAGUAGCAAGAUGGCGGCUAAAAUAAGUAAAGACGGUCCACCUCCCUUUGAUUGUCCAUCAUGGGCAGGGAAACCGCCUACAGGACUGCAUUUGGAUGUGAUGAAAGGAGACAAACUGAUAGAGAAACUCAUCAUUGAUGAAAAGAAGUUCUAUCUGUUCGGGAGGAACCCUGACUGGUGUGACUUCACCAUUGACCAUCAGUCAUGCUCACGAGUUCACGCAGCGCUAGUCUACCACAAACAUCUAAAAAGGCUCUUCCUUAUAGACCUUAAUAGCACACAUGGUACCUUCCUUGGACACAUUCGCCUGGAGCCCCACAAACCUCAGCAGGUUCCCAUAGACUCAACAAUAUCUUUUGGGGCUUCGACGCGCACCUACACCAUCAGAGAGAAACCUCAAACCCAAGGCAGCACCGGCACAGGAGACAGUAAGACGGGCGAGGAGGAGGAGCUUAAAAGACUGAUCGGGCUUCCGGAGGAAGAGAUGGAGCUUGAGAACCUAACGGAGUUCAACACGGCUCACAACAAGCGCAUCUCCCUCCUGACCAUUGAAGAAGGCAACCUGGAAAUCCAGAGGCCUAAAAGAAAACGCAGAAGCUCUAGAGUUACUUUCAGUGAAGAGGACUCUAUAAUUAAUCCAGAGGACAUCGAUCCCUCAGUUGGACGCUUUAGAAACAUGAUACAGACAGCUGUCAUCCCCAUCAAGAAACGACGAUCAGACAGUCAAAACACUUUGGGUCUUGAAGACCUGACUUCAAAGCGAAUGCACGGCUACAGCUUAGGUGGUGGUCUCUAUGGUGACCUGCCUCCCACCAGCCAUGAGCACAAGCCUACAGGAGCUCCAGGAGGGGCUGCCAUGCAGGGAGGGCUUCCUCUGCCCUUCCCUAAUCCUGCACCAGAGGUAGACUUGGCCCCAGAGGCUCCCCAGCCCCCUGUCACCCUCAACCCCACACCUGUAACAAUCCCCUACAUGCCAGAGACCCACAACGAGCCACGCAAAAAGAAGUACGCCAAAGAAGCUUGGCCAGGGAAGAAACCCACUCCUUCACUACUCAUCUAA